CCAAUCAAGUUGGGACCGAAGGUGUAUCACCUAAAAUGUUUGUGAUAACUAUUGUAAUUCCCAUCACCAAAUUCUAUUUAAAACUUAAGUUUGUAAUGUACUAUAUAUAUCACUCCAUGCAUUAUGUUCCCAUUUAGUAUCGAACCUCAAAAAUAUGUUUCAAAUUAGUAACAGUUUCGACUGUAUAAUUAGUUUUCGUAUGUAACGUUGUCGAUUUCAUAAAAUAGGUCACAUACCAAAGCAAAUUGGGAACCUCACUUCCCUACUAAACCUGGAUCUUGCUUACAAUAAGUUGGCAGGUGAAUUGCCGGGAGAGCUUGGUAAUCUAGCAAAACUCGAGUCUCUAUUUGCAUCGUUCAACGAUUUCUUAUCUGGUUCCAUCCCAUCUUCCAUAUUCAACUUAUCAAACUUGAAGACACUCCAUCUUCAACAGAAUCAAUUUUCCGGCACUCUUCCUCGGAACAUGGGGCUCUCGCUUGUCAGUCUCGAGGAGCUCUGCUUAUUUUUCAAUAGACUCACCGGACAAAUUCCAACCUCUAUCACCAAUGCUUCUCAGCUUACUGUCCUAGAACUAAAUUUAAACUCAUUCACUGGCCCCAUUCCUGACUUUGGUAAUCUAAGGCAGCUUCAAACCCUUCGCCUUUGGGAAAAUAAUCUGACCGGGGCAGAAUCGCCAAAUCAAGAAAUAGGGUUUCUGUCUGGUUUAACAAACUGCCGCAAUUUGAUGCACUUGGAAAUAUCAAACAAUUCAUUGAUGAAUGGGGUUCUCCCAGCUUCGGUUGGGAAUCUUUCUACUUCUCUUGUCACUUUUGCAGCAUCUAAUUGCAGCAUUAGAGGCCUCAUUCCUUCUCAAAUUGGAAAUUUAAGCAGUUUGCAAACCUUAGAUUUAUCUAGGAAUCAACUCACAGGAUUGAUCCCAACAACACUGGGAAAACUGGUGCAACUUGGGAAGUUGUAUCUUUAUGAUAACCAGCUGCAAGGAUAUAUCCCUCAUAAUAUUUGCCAAAUCAAUAGUUUGCUAGAGUUACUCUUGAAUGGUAAUAUGUUCACAGGUUCAAUACCUGAAUGUUUGGGAGAUAUCAAGUCCCUUCAAAGAGUCUCUAUUGCCUCAAACAAGCUGAAUUCUACACUUCCUUUCAACUUUUUAAGUCUUCAAAACCUCAUAGCUCUCCACUUGUCCUCAAACUACUUGACUGGUCUAAUUCCUGAUCAAAUCUCAAGUUUGAGGGCUAUCAACACCCUAGACUUGUCUUAUAACCUGUUUUUAGGAAACAUUCCAAACACAACUGCUGAUUUGGAAUCUCUUGAGUUCCUGUAUUUGUCAAAUAAUAUGUUGAAUGGAUCCAUCCCUGAAUCUUUGGGGGAGGUGAGAGGCUUGAGGGAACUAGAUCUAUCCAGUAAUAAUCUCUCUGGUUUGAUACCUGUCUCCUUAGAGAAUCUCGAUCUCAAAUCGUUUAACGUCUCUCACAACAAAUUGGAAGGACAGAUUCCUGACAAGGGUUGCUUCGCCAACUUCACCGCUGAAUCUUUUUCUCAAAACCCUGAACUAUGCGGCGCUGCCAGAUUUCAAGUGCCACCUUGUCCGAGAAAGCAUGGAAGAUCAAGAUCGGAACAAAUUGCUCUGAUAAUGAAAUAUGCUUUGCCUCCCUUGGUCGGAGCUUUGAUUUUCGUACUGAUCGUGGUCUUCCUGAUAAAGAGACGCCAGCAGAAAAAGGCGGCGCCAGCUUCUGCUGACGCCUCAUCAGUUGGAGUCCCAUGGAAGAUCGUCUCGGAGAGAGAACUCACACAUGGGACGAGUUCCUUUAGUGAGAUAAACCUACUCGGGAAAGGGAGCUAUGGUUCAGUGUUCAAAGCAAUGCUUGCGGAUGACACAACUGUCGCAGUGAAAGUGUUCAACUUGGAAUCAGAAGGAGCGCUGAAGAGCUUCGACACAGAGAGUCGCAUACUGAGCACUAUUCGCACAGGAACUUGA